UCAGCAAAAUCAAACAAGAACCCAAAAGACGAAAUAUUCUCAGGUCAAAGCUUGGUGCUAUCUCUCUCAUGGAGACGAGCUCUGACUUGUCUUCCAGGGUUCGUCUUAACAUUGGUGGAAAGAAAUUUUGUACGACCAUUGAUACUUUGACUAUCCGUGAGCCAGACUCAAUGCUCGCAGCGAUGUUUAGUGGUCGACAUGCAAUGUGCCAGGAAUCCAAGAAGGGAUAUGUAUUCAUAGACAGGGAUGGAAAGCACUUCCGUCAUAUUCUAAAUUGGUUGCGUGAUGGCGUUGCUCCAAGUUUGUCAGAUCCUGAUUGUUCUGAACUUUUGCGCGAAGCAGACUACUAUCAGCUUCUUGGGCUGAAAGAUGGAAUAAAAGAUUCGAGAAGAGAAGUUGGUGAAGUAGAAGCUGAAUUAACGCGUAUAGAUAUCAUCAAAUGUAUACAAUCCGAAAGAGUCAGGUUCCGAGGAGUUAAUCUUUCUGGAAUCGAUCUUUCUAAACUAGAUCUAUCCCUUGUGGAUUUCAGCUAUGCUUGUCUCAGGAAUGUGUUUUUCUCUCGUACAAAUCUUCAAUGUGCCAAAUUUCGGGAUGCUGAUGCUGCAGGCUCCAUCUUUCACAAUGCUAUUUUGCGCGAGUGUGAGUUUACCGGUGCAAAUCUUAGAGGAGCGUUGUUAGCUGGUACAAAUCUUCAGAGUGCAAAUUUACAAGAUGCCUGCUUAGUGGAUUGCAGCUUCUGUGGUGCAGAUCUCCGCACUGCACACUUGCAGAAUGCGGACCUUACAAAUGCCAACUUAGAAGGAGCAAAUCUAGAAGGUGCAAAUUUGAAGGGUGCAAAAUUGAGUAAUGCCAACUUCAAAGGAGCAAACCUUCAACGAGCUUACUUGAGGCAUGUGAAUCUGCGAGAAGCGCAUUUGGAAGGGGCAAACCUCGGUGGCGCUAAUAUGACUGGUGCUAUUCGAUAAACUCCCUUUGUUGAGACUGACUGUAAGUGUUGUCGUCCUAUAAAUGAUUUGUAACUGCUUUUGGCAAAACGUGAAUGUAGUGGCCAUAUCUCAAAGCUUCUUGUUGUUGAAAUAACAAAAAUAUUCUUUCUUCAAGAUUAUUAUCUAUAAGGCAUUUUUUCUAAUAAUGUUAUCUUUCGCUAUUUCUGUUGUUUAUAAGUGAAAAUAGCUCUGGCAAAGAUGAUGUAAACUAUAAGGUUUAUCUUUGAGUGC